AUCUACAAAAAGUUCGAAGACUCCAACAGAAGUGGUUACCUCGAUGAAGCUGCAAAGAUCUAUCAUAGCCAAGCGGUCGUUGUGGAGAAAGGCAAAAAAGCCACGUACGGAAAAGAAGGAGUCCCAAUCUACCAACCACAGGCAGCAAUUUCGAAGGUUUCGAAGAAUACGCUAUUCCAUAACGACGUUUUCGACAUGCUUUCUGUCGGAGCGACAUGCCUUUCGACAUGCUCCCAUCCAACACCUCUUCCACUAGCUGAGCAUGGAAUUCCACAGACGAUCGUUGUGGAACUGCAUGAUUCGCUAGUGGAAGAUGUGUUGGAUGAGGGCAUGUCGUGUUCACGCUAA